AAAAAGCUAAAAGUUUUGAAUAUUUUGUAUAUACAGUGCAAGUUUGUAUAAAGAAUAACUGAGGAUACUAUGGAAAAAACACUAAUUACAUUAGCUGUUCUUCUAUGUUAUACAUUGAACGUACGCGUUCUAGCAUUUAAAGGACUACUAGAAAAUGAUAAUAACAUCCUAAAAGAGGGUGAAUCAAGAAUUUUUUACUAUAUGAAAUUUGAUGGAAAUGCAAAGUGCAGGUUAAUCUACCCUUCGGAGGGCUCUACUAUAAACUCUAACCAAGUAUACUUAAUUGGUAGGAGUAACGAUGACUCUAUAAUUGAUUCUAAAUCACAUUUUAAAAUGAAUGAUAAAAGCUCAACUGCAACGUUUACUGUAAAGGUAUUUGAAAGUGAAGAAGACGAACUUGAAAGGAAAUUAAUUAUAUCUAUAAUAUGCAAAGAUCUUGAAUAUUCUGUUGAUACAAUAGAUAAACUUGAAUUUAUAAUACCUGGAUCUAAUUCGUAUUUUCAUAAUGGAGAUCCGGAUUUUAUGCAAAUCGUUUUCGACGAAAAAUUUAAGCAAUUUCGUCAUAUUUGUUAUAAUAUUCCUGGAAAACUUGGCGAUAAAUUUCUGUUAUAUACAGACAAAGUUUCAAAGAUUCUAAUACACGGUAUCUUCUUUGAUGAAUAUCUAAUGCAUAAGAUUGAUAUUAUGUCAAAGUAUGGUAAUAUAUCAGCUCAUUUAGGCGGUGUACACCUUUGGAAAGGUCUAUUCGUAAAUUGGAACGAUGAUAAUCUCUCCCAAGUGAUUAAAGAGAAUCAACAUUUCCUUAUUCAAAUGGAAGAGAAUAAAUUUCACAUAAAGUUAAUAGAUGAGAGGAAUAUAACCUUUACGAUUGAAAGAUUGAAAAAGCCUCUUGGAAAGUUUUAUUUAAAUAUUGUGAUAAGAGGAAUAGAAGAAGAUUAUAAAAAGUUCGGUGGUCUUAUUAGUAAAAUAGGAAGUAAUAAAUUUCAGUUUUAUAGAGAAGUUAAUGAUAUCUUAAGCAAAGAUGAAGAGAAAAUAGCAAUAGGUGUUAAUGGAAGAUUAGGUUAUGCUAUAAUGCAGAAGAGAGAUAAUCAAAAAUGUUGGCUAAUAAACUGUAAUCAUGGUCUCUAUCCGUCCAGUGUGACAAAUUUUACAUUAAAAACACAUUAA